AUGCUGGUAAAGGCUCAGAGCGUCGCAGAGAGGCGCGCGGCGGCCGCCCAGAUGCAGGGGGGCCAGGCGGAGCUGAAGGACAACAUGCUGGCAGUACAGAGGCCUUCGCAGCUGGAUCUCCUCGAUAUCGGGGGCGCAGAGGACUCGCCCCUGGGUCGGGCCACGGAGAAGGAGGGCGGCGCUGUCUACCGCAUGGGCCUCUGGAAGAAGUAUGACUUCCAGAAGGCCAGCGCGGUGGCCCGGGCCAAGGCGCCCAUCGAGGCCAGGAGGCCCCGGCGGGUCCGAAUCUUCCCGCCAUGCGCGCCCAUCUCUAUCCUGCAGGCCCUGAACCAGAAGAGUGACCAGCAGAUUACGAAUUUGAAGAUGAAGAUAGCCUGGGGCACCACAGUCAUGAACAACAUGAUCGAGGUCGGCCUGCACGCGCUGCGUCUGGGGUGCGAGCUCAGUCUCGAACAGCCCGCGAACGCAGCCAGCUUGAGGGCCGCGCAGUCGCCGAUGAAUCUUGGGAAGCAGCUGUACGGCGUCACCGCAGCAGGUUGUGCCUGGGGCAUGCGGGACAGUGAGACGGGCCAGGCCGUGUACAAAAAGUGGAGGUUCCUGGUGCCCAACCGGCGGCCAGCUGAGCGGGUGGCCGGCUCUGUCAAGUACCCAGACGCCCUGUGCCGAGCGCUCAGCUGGGAGGUGCUGGCCCAUGCCCUGGUGUCUGGGAUCACCGCUGGCGCGAGCGAGAUCGAGGGCGCACUGAAGAAGCUGACCGAGGGGCGCGUCGAGCAGGCCGAGGUCAUGGCCACCGAGAAGGAUGCCGAGACGGAGGGCCCGACUGACGAGUUGAGGAAGUCGGUUCGCCUCAAGCUCCACCGAGCGUUCAAG